AUGACGAGCUUGCGGGAGAUCAAUGCUUCGACAUCUCUCCUCCAUGUCUCGCAAGAGGAGCAUUUGAUUAACGGGGAGGAACAUAUCCCACUUGAAACGAUGAGUCUUUCUAUCCUUCCAUCGUGGACCAAAAGGCAUACCAGCUUGUCAACAAAUGCGAUACCCCGGACUGUGAAGCAGCGACAGAUAAAUAACGAUUCAAAGGAUUCUCCACCCUCACCGCUGCCACGGACCAAGAAAAAAUGGAUUACCGGAUUACUACUUUGCGCAUUGGGAGUGGCACUGGCGCUACUAGCCCAUGUUAUUCUCACAGUCAAAUUAGCCGCAAAAGCUGCUUCUGCUGGCUAUGGAUGGGGUUCCUCGUCGGCCGUUAUCUAUGAGGGCACAUGUCACCAGGCAAACCAAAUCGCGACCGGUCUCCAUAUUCUUGUCAACAUCAUCGUGUUGACUUUGACCGCCACAAGCAGCUACUGUAACCAAGUCCUGGCAGCACCGUCACGCGCAAGAAUCGAUAUUGCCCACGCUCAACGGGUGUGGGUAUCAAUUGGAUCGUCCAGUUUUACAAACGUCUGGUACGCGCCCCUAUGGCGCAAGACACUAUGGCCCUUGGUUCUUGGAACCCCAUUGCCAGUCCAGAUGAUAUACAACUCCUUCAUAUACGUAUUAAUCCACGCAAAUGACUUCGGAGUUGUUGUUGCUCCGAUGGCCUUUGGGAAUAGCCACAUGGACAUGUCUGAUUUUCAUGUCCCUUCAAACUUCCAGGACAUAGUUGGCAUGAACGUGAGCGGCCUAUAUGACGAUAUCAUAUCGGGGAAGCUCGAGAAAUUGAGCAAUGCCACUUGUAUGGAUGCCUACGGUGGCCCUUAUCAAACUGCUCGGUCUACAGUGGUCCUUUUGACCCCAGAGCUUUCCUCAAACCUGACGGCCUGGUCAUGUCAGGUUGGACUGGAGACUGGUGGUCUCUCCACCAAUAGUACCUACAAGGGCAGCAAAUUGAGUUGUGCGAUGGAUGAAUACAAAGGCAACUAUACAAUUGUGCCGUCGAUUAGUAACGAGCUUGUGGUUCAUACUUGCUUCAGUCGACCGACUACUCCAACUUGUGAGCUUGGAUGCAGUCUGCCCAUUGGCUUGGUAGUUAUGGCUGUAUUGGAUUGA